AUGACCACCAAUUAUUUAGUACAGGAAUACUAUCUUUCCAACUACAUCCGUUGUCCGAAAAAUGAAGGGUUAUUGUCGAGUUGGGAAUCACUUGCUUAUCCUUCCCAUCUAUUUAUGAUCAUGCUGAUGCCUCUUUAUAUUUUUGGUGGUUACUGUAUUUUGUAUAAAACACCGAACUCUAUGAAGCCUGUUAAAUGGCCAUUGUUCAACUGGCAUGUCUGGUGA